GAGAGGUCUCACCCCUCACCGAGAUGCACUCAGGGCCUAUUAGGUUGGGCUGAUCAACUCUUGAACUGCAGCCCUGACAUACAGCUGGGCAUGUGCAUGUUGUGGCAAAUAUGGAUUUUGACAAAAUUUCUGCCCAUUGGAGAUCUGGGUGGUGUUUGGUGAUAAAUGGUGCCUGAAGCCAUGUGGAGUGGAUCAGGAUGAAGAAAUCAGACUGAGAACUGCAGAAUGCAGGCUGUGGCAUGAAGCCAGCCAGGUUUAUGUAUUGCCAAAAUCUCAAUCAGCCCAGAAAUGAAUUACUGUACAUACUCUGAGCUAAGAGUGAAAAAAGAAAAGCAUCAACACAACUUUAUCACCCACGCCUGCUUUAGAACCAGGAAUGCCUUGAAUCCUUGGAAGGCGCUAAUGUUAAAAUCAGGAAUUUCUAUUACAUCACAAUGUUGCGGGAUCCAGUGUCACGUUACCUGAGCGAGUGGAAACACGUCCAGAGAGGGGCCACGUGGAAAACCUCCCUCCACAUGUGUGAUGGGAGAAGCCCCACCCCCGAUGAACUGCCUACCUGCUACCCUGGGGACGACUGGUCUGGGGUCAGCUUGCGGGAGUUCAUGGACUGCAGCUACAACCUGGCCAACAACCGCCAAGUGCGCAUGCUGGCUGACCUCAGCCUGGUGGGCUGCUACAACUUGACUUUCAUGAACGAGAGCGAAAGAAACACCAUCCUGUUGCAGAGCGCGAAAAACAACCUGAAGAACAUGGCCUUCUUUGGGCUCACGGAAUUCCAGAGGAAGACACAGUUUCUCUUUGAGAGGACAUUCAACCUCAAGUUCAUCUCCCCGUUCACGCAGUUCAACAUCACGCGGGCUUCCAACGUGGAGAUCAACGAGGGCGCCCGCCAGCGCAUCGAGGAGCUAAACUUCCUGGACAUGCAGCUUUAUGAGUAUGCAAAAGAUCUCUUCCAGCAGCGCUACCACCACACCAAGCAGCUAGAGCACCAGAGGCACCGGCAAAAGAGGCGAGAGGAGAGGAGGCUGCAGCGGGAGCACAGGGGCCACCGGUGGCCUAAAGAGGGUGGGAACACAGAGGGGGCUGUCACUGAGGACUACAACAGCCAGGUAGUGAGAUGGUGACCCCCUGCCCUCUCCUCCCUUGGGAUGGGGAGGAUAAGCAGGCGCACUGGCCUUCUGUGGUGUAAGCUUGGAGAACAUUGGACCAUUCUGAGGGCAUCUGACUGUAUGUGGCUUGAUUUGGAACCUGCUUCCUCUUUGUCUUCAUCUUUAUCCAGUGGAGAUGAUCCAUCUUGUUCUUUUUUUCCUGACGUUUUUCAGUCUGUGAGAUUAAAUAGGACAGGAAUGCAUCCAAUCUAGGCCACUUUAGAAGGUUAAGGAGAGAAGCUCCGGCAAGGAAACAGUCCUUGCAAUCUCCUUUGCAGCAGCACAGGUCAUACGUUGAGCAACUGGAACCCACAGAGGCACACAUGAAAGGCCGAAUAAUGGCUUGGAUGUUCUGCUGAAACAGAUCUGUUUCAUACUGUCUCUGUAAUGGAAAUAUUGGUCUAUUUAAAGAGAGAAAUAGAAGUCCCUUUUAGCACUUAGAUGAGGUAUUCCGCCAGCUCUCACUUGGCUGUUGACUCUCAUCUUUGAACUCUAAUGGAAUGUGGUUUCUAUCAUAAGUAGAGUUACGUGUUUUGUUGUUGCAAUUGUUUUUAAACAAGAUUAUCCUACUAUUGACUGUCACUAGAGACUCACAUCUCACAAAGCCCCUCAUCUUAGCCCUGAUCCAUGCUUCCUCCUCUAUCUUUUAGGGAAAUGGCUAGUGGAUUCAAAACAGGGGUGCCUGUGGCCCCUGAGAAAUGAACAAUUGGUAGGGGCAUUUAGGAGAAAAUGUGCUUAUUAACUAAUGCUUAAGGAGAUCACACUUUACCAAUUUUUGUUUUCAAUGUAAGGAAUGAAUGAUAAAUUAAGGAGAGGAUAACUAUGUGUCUAACGUUUCCAUUCCUGCUACAGAACCUUAGUUUUUUAAAGACUUUUUCAGAGUUCUACCUGUUUGGAGCAGUCAUCUUUUGUGCGGCCCUGCCAAGUUUGAAAUUCUGCUAUCACAGGGGAAAAGACAUUUAAAAAGAAUUUGGCCCAAAGAAUAGGAGCUUAGCUAACAUGUACGCAAAAUAUAUUCAAGGUCACUAAACAAAUAAUAACUGAUUUAGGCCAGGAGUCACGGAACUCAAUGGGGUGGUUAUCCAGGGAGUUUAAACAGAUUCUACUUCCUAAUGUCUUGAAUAUCUCCAGCCUGAUAACUUUUUAUCCCCACAUGAACUUUACCUAUUGUGAGACCAUGGCUACAGCCAGCAAAUCAAGCUGGAGUGUAUAAAACUGGACCAAAAAAUGUGCUGCAUUGCCAAGGGCUUCUUAUUUUCACUUUUCCCAAUCACAACUACAAUAACACAAAGUUUGUUGAAUAGUACGGGGAGACGUACGGAAGCAGGAAUAGAAAGCUCUCACCUAGCAUUCAGUAGAAGGAUCAGAGUGGGUAGAAGGUAUCACAAAAGAUUGAUUUGAUCAAUCCUUUCAAGGAGCUGAAGGCAAAAUGAGUGAAACCCGCAAAUCAGAUGGAAAAGCCGAUUUCAUUGAUAUCCAACAUGUUUGAUGUUUAAGCCAGCUUUACAUAAGCCACAGCUCAGUCUUUAGAAUACUCUCUUUGGGGUUGAGAGUCAAUCAACCCACAAGCAUUCAUGGAGUGCCUGCCUGCACGGAGGGGAGCCCAGUGUCUCCAUCAAAGAGACAUCUGAAGAAGCGGCUUAGGUCCUUCUCUCACUACACUUGGCCUCCUCCGUCAUGGGAGGGAAGGCAUGAUUGGGGACCUCACUCAUGCCAGGAACUGUGGGAGGCCCUUUUCAUACCUUAAAUCUAUUCACAACAAGGUAGAUAUUAUUAGUCCCAAUUUCAUAAAUGAGAAGACUGAAACACACAGUAGCUUCCUCAUGGAUUGUAGCUAGGUCUGGCUGACUGCACAGUGCAAGCUCUUUUAACUCCAUCAUGUUUUCCAUAUGGGAUAAAAUCUUUCUGCCAGUCAGGAAGAAGACAGCUGUUAUUGUCCAAAAGCGUUUGUCUCCAACCCUUGUGAGUGGCACAAGUGUGACAGCACCAAGCCAGCAGUGACCCAGAGUCAUGCUGCCUUGGGUGAAUCCAGCCCUCUCCAUGUCACUGACCCAUCAAUGAGCUGAGAGAUUGAUGACUUUUUAGGCAAUUCUUGAGCCAUAUAUGAGGGUGAGUUAAAGGGCCAUGUAAAUUUGCUUGUUAGUUGGUAGAGAUUAAGCUCCAGAAUAUUAGUGUUUCCCUUUCCAAUGAUUUGUUCCAAAAGUAGGGAGGGAAGGAGGAUUGCAGCUGGGAUUAAGGAGCAUCUCUCUCUCUCUCUAUCUUCACGUUUCAAUGUGAGGAUCUAACACUCUGCAUAGAAUGGCAGGACUGCAAAUUAUCCUUCUGCCUGCCCCUGUGACACACACACACACACACACACACACACACAUAUGCACAAUAACAGUCCAGUAUUUUGUCAUGUGGAAAAUCAAAACAAGUUAGAAAGCAUUCGGAUUGUUUCUUUUAAACUCAUUUUAAAUUUUGGCAGGGAAUUCAUGCAUAGCUGAGACUUGGAGGCAGGCUCUGCUAACUUCACACUGUUCCUUAGGCACCUCGGGAUUUAUAUCAAAAGGCUUUCCAUGGCCUUGCCGCUGAAGUCAUGAUGUAUGGUGCUCCACUUGAGACCAGAUAUCAGGACGUUCGGGGGAGAAACCAUCUCUUUGUGUUGGCCUGAGGCCAGUGCUGAGCAAAUUAAAAAGACCGACAUGGGUUUCCUUCCUCAUAUCAUUUCAUUCUAAAGCAGCGCUUGUCAUAUCCCUGGGGUCCUAUGUUGAUAGAAAUGAAGAGGUAGGGACGCAGUUUGUUCUCUGAAAAUUGACUGCACACCAACAUGCUGAGUGAAGCUCAGAGAAGUGAUGCAAACAGAAGUCAUCUGGGCCUAAGGAUCUAUGGGAAGUCAGCAGCCUUCAGACUUAAGAUCCUAAACCAAAUCAAUUUCAGAUACAUUAGUGUUAAAAGCCCAAGAAGAGGGGGAAAAAAAAAGAAUUCCCCUGGUAGUUCCACAUCCCAUUGACUACUAGGACUUCCAGGUAGACAUUUUUUCCCUUCUCUUGGCAAUGGCAGCUCCAGUAACCAGAUUGGGAUGAGGUAUCCUUGUGUGUGUGUGUAUAUAUGUUUAUUAUUAAGGACUAAAAUACAUACUAUCUAUUCUAUAUCCUUCUAAUUUUUUGGCAGGCUACUCUUUCUAGAGAAAAACUUGCCCUGACAAUUAUUUGGAUAUGUUCUCUAAUAAUUGAUAACAUUACCAAUCAGUUAAAUUAUAAAAGUGUGUUUCUUAUCAUCUAAAGGAGACAACUUUGUCAUAAACAGUUUAAUCAAAGGUUUGAAAUAUGAGGACUUGUUCAAAAGUCUGAGUAGAGAUAGUAUUAAUAUGGGGAAGAAAGUCUACCAGAUAGGCCUAGCCAGGAGGUGAGCGUAGAUCACUACAAAAUAAAUAUAAGUCUACUGGAGAGGAUUCCCGUUUGGCUGCCUUAACAGAGAAACUCAAAACAACAGUGACUUCAUUAAGAUUCAAGCUAUUGCUCUCUUACUUAAAAGACAGACUGCUUUGAUGACUCUGGUGUGUGACAUGACCAGAAACCCAGGCUCUGUCUUGUUGCUCUUUAUCCUAAUGUGCAAGCUUCCAUCUCACAGUCCAAGAUGUGUGCUGCAGCUCCUGCCAUCUCAUUUACAUUGAAAACAGCAGAAAGGAAAUGGAGGGAAGUUGCACAUACCACUUCCAGUCACAUCUUAUGGGCUAAAGCCUAGCCAUUAGCUACAUCUAGCUGUAAAGAAGGCCAGGAAAUGUCUUUAUUCAUGAUUGCCAUGUGCCUUGAUAAAUAUGAGGGUUCUAUUAUUAAAGAAACAAUGUGAAAAUUAAUACUGAUAAAAACUAUCAGUCUCUGACACAAAAGGGAAUUGAAAAAUAUUUCAAGUGUUUUUCAACAUCAUCUGUUUCGUCAUGUGUUUUGCAAAGGAUAAG